AGGUCUGACGUCAGAAUCUUGCUACAAAGAUAAGCCGUGAGGUUUAACAAGAAGUGCAAUGCUCGUGCUCAUAAAACGAGUGAUCAAGCUCCAGUGGUCUCCUCACACCGCUGAAAAGGACAGACAAGACCGUUCUGCAAGUUACACCUUAUACACCUCCCCUAUGUUCUGCAGAAAGUCGGGAGCACUCCAUGGGGCAGUGCAGAAACUAUGAAGGGAGUGACUGAGACCAUACGGCGUUGCGCGUAUGCAGGACAGUCCGAAAUAACUCGCCAGCUGUAGGUAAGCCUACGGUCGUAUAGACGUAGGAACAGAAAAUGGGGAUGGAUCUGCUCGUGACACUUCAGAUAAUACCUGGAUUCUUUUCAAACUGUCUGUUCCUUGCCCUGUACGACUCCAUGGUACUCGUGAAGCACAUUGUGUCGUCUCUCAGCUGCUCCAGGUCUGCCUGCUCUGGAGAGUGGCACCGUAUGUUAACUUCAGCUGGGCUCCGCUCCAUCUGGAAUAGCUUCCUUCUAGACGCCUAUAAGCAGGUGAAACUUGGCUGUGAAGCACCCAACUCCAAAGUGGUGAAAGUGCCCGAUGGCCCUCAAUGGAGCAGCAAUGUCAGCAAUAUGACUAAUGUGCCAUCUGGUGCCAGAGUCCAAAAUGGUGAUGAAUGCCACCUCCUGGAUUUUGAGUCAUCAGAUCGUCCUCUGGUGGUCAAUUUCGGCUCCGCCACCUGACCCCCCUUCAUCAGCCACCUGCCAGCUUUCCGGCAGCUGGUGGAAGACUUCAGUGAUGUAGCUGAUUUUCUGUUAGUGUACAUUGAUGAGGCUCACCCAUCUGAUGGCUGGGUGGCCCCUCCUAUGGGCGCUUGCUCUUUCAAUGUCAGGAAGCACCAGAGCCUGGAGGAGAGGCUGGGAGUGGCACGCAAGCUCAUUGAUCACUUUUCCCUUCCACCACAGUGUCAGCUGGUGGCUGACUGCAUGGACAACAAUGCUAAUGUGGCUUAUGGUGUGUCCAAUGAACGGGUGUGUAUAGUACAACAGAAAAAGAUCACCUACCUGGGUGGUAAGGGGCCUUUUUUUUACAAUUUGAAGGAUGUGCGGCAGUGGCUGGAACAAAGUUAUGGUAAACGAUAUAAGUAAUCAAAAGCAGGACAUGGGCCUUUUCUCAUCUGGGAAAGAAGAGAACAUUCAGUUUUGUAUAAGCAUAAAAGGCAAAAUCAAAAGAGGUGUUAUAUGGUGAUAUCUGCCAAAAAGCUGUGAUGAAUUAAGCUCCAGAGUUGUGGAGUGACUUCUUUUAGUUUUGAAAUCAGGCCAACUUUUCUCACACCAAUCCAUUACAGCUGACAUGAACAUGUGUAAGGACCUGUGCCGAUGAGCCACUGAUUGGAUCUGCUGGUUGGAGAAAACAUACAAAGUUGACAGUGUAUGUGCUUCACUACAUGAUUCCCACUGAAAUUAAAAACCAAAUAACUUGAA